UUAAAAGACCAUUUGGGAGAACCAUCGGCGGCAGACGAAGUUUCAACUCUCUCGAGCGCUCUGGUUUUUCUCUGGAUCGCAAAAAUGGGGCUGUCUUUCGGGAAGCUGUUCAGCAAGCUCUUUGCCAAGAAAGAGAUGCGUAUUCUUAUGGUGGGUCUUGAUGCUGCUGGUAAGACAACGAUUUUGUACAAGCUCAAACUUGGAGAGAUCGUGACCACUAUCCCAACCAUUGGGUUCAAUGUGGAGACAGUGGAAUACAAGAACAUCAGCUUUACGGUCUGGGAUGUCGGGGGUCAGGACAAGAUCCGUCCUUUGUGGAGACACUACUUCCAGAACACCCAGGGGCUUAUCUUUGUUGUCGACAGUAAUGACCGAGACCGUGUUGUUGAAGCCAGAGAUGAGCUUCACAGAAUGCUGAACGAGGAUGAGCUGAGGGAUGCUGUCCUGCUCGUAUUUGCCAAUAAGCAGGACCUGCCCAAUGCGAUGAAUGCCGCUGAGAUCACUGACAAGCUCGGUCUUCACUCUCUCCGACAACGACACUGGUACAUUCAGAGCACAUGUGCCACCUCAGGUGAAGGGCUGUACGAGGGUCUUGACUGGCUCUCCAACAACAUUGCCAACAAGGCAUAAACGGCAAUAUGUAUGGAACCUCAACAAGAUAUAAGUCAGAUGCCUCUGUUUCUUGGGGGUUUUAAUGGCCUGUUGUCACAUUCUUCAUUUGUUCUUUAAUAUCUUUGUGAUUUUCCCUCUCUACUUCCUCUAGUCCUCCGUGAUGAUAAUAACCCAUUCAAGAGUAAAAUCGAAAUUUAAGAUUAUAGAGUUCGAUUUGCA